UUUAUUUUGUGUGCUUACACAUAAAUCAAUAUACAUAACUACAAAAUUUCUGAGUUUUUCUAUUUUGCUACAUAGAACUAAUUAAUAAUUAUUAAACGAAAUUCAUUGCGGAGACUUUUAAUCCUAUAACACUGUAACAAGUACAUUCAAACGAAAUGAGUGUGCUACAUGAGUGUACGGCCUGCUUAGUAAAGCAGAUGUCAUAUUAAUUUCCAAAAAGGCGCCACUGCAAACAAAGGUUGCAAAUAAUUGCGAGUGUUAAUGCGGCUUGAUAUAUAGCAGAAACAUUAAUAAAAUAAAUACAUUCAAUUUAAAACAAUAUGACACAAAAUUUAACUGCAGAAGAAAUAAAAAAAAGAAAUUUGCCGUGGAUAGAAAAGUAUCGGCCAACAAAAUUCGAUGAAAUCGUAGGAAAUGAUGAAACAGUAGCGCGCUUGUCAGUUUUUGCUACACAAGGAAAUGCUCCAAACAUAAUUAUAGCGGGCCCACCUGGUGUUGGUAAAACAACUACAAUACAGUGUCUGGCGCGUAUCUUACUUGGAGACAGCUAUAAGGAAGCUGUGUUGGAGUUAAAUGCCUCGAAUGAACGUGGUAUCGAUGUGGUUCGAAAUAAGAUCAAAAUGUUUGCACAACAGAAAGUAACGCUUCCUCGUGGCAGGCAUAAAAUUGUUAUUUUGGAUGAAGCAGACAGUAUGACAGAAGGUGCACAACAGGCAUUAAGACGCACGAUGGAAAUCUAUAGCAACACAACACGUUUUGCAUUAGCCUGUAAUACUAGCGAAAAAAUAAUCGAACCUAUACAGUCACGUUGUGCUAUGUUACGAUUUUCCAAACUAUCAGAUCCACAGUUAUUAGCAAAAUUGAUUGAAGUGUGUCAGCUAGAAAAUUUGACUUAUGAUGAAGAAGGCUUGGAAGCAAUUGUGUUUACUGCACAAGGCGAUAUGCGACAGGGUUUAAAUAAUCUACAAUCGACAGCGCAAGGAUUUGGUACGAUUACAGCUGCAAAUGUAUUUAAAGUGUGUGAUGAGCCACAUCCCAUGUUGAUACAGGAUAUGUUGCAACACUGCGCUAACAAUGAUAUACACAAGGCAUAUAAAAUAUUAGCAAAACUUUGGCGACUGGGCUAUGCUGCUGAGGAUAUCAUUGGCAACAUAUUCAGAGUAUGUAAGCGAUUGAAUAUAAACGAGCAUAUGAAACUGAAUUUUAUAAGAGAGAUUGGAAUCACUCACAUGAAAGUCGUUGACGGCUUAAAUUCGUUACUACAAUUAACCGGCCUAUUAGCGAAACUCUGCGAGAUUGCCGAUACAAAUUAGUUUUAAAAGCUUUUUAGAGUAUGCAAGAGUUGAAUAUCUGGCUUGAUAAUAUAUAAUUACAUUUUAAGUUAAAAGAAAUAAAUAUAUGUUUUACAUUAUACGUUAUCGUGGUUUUUGAUAAGUCAUAACAUAACUUAUUUUUUUUAUGUGUGAUGAUUAUGAUAAUAUAAAUCGUUACGUAGAAUAUUAAUAUUUAACAUUUUUAAGUGAAAUUAUAAAUUUAUAUUAUUGAUAGUCGAUUAUUAGUUAUUCUAGUUUGCUUACAUUGUAAGUUUCACUUUAUUCUUAUAAAUUUUCCAAAUAACUUUUGCUCAAAUAAAUUCCUGGUCAAUCAAACGU